AUCACUAUAUGGUUCACUGUUUCUGCAUUCACACUACCAUGUUUUCACGGAAAUAACACCUACAGAGCAUUGAAAUCAAUCAAAAUAGAACAAUGAAUGACCGCGAACUUGAUCUCACAGAAGCGCAAAAGGCUACCAAAUCAAAGUAUCCUCCCAUCACCAAGAAAUACGAGUAUCUUGAUCAUACUGCAGAUGUCCAGAUUCAUUCAUGGGGUGAUUCUCUGGAAGAGGCUUUUGAACAGUGUGCAAUGGGGAUGUUUGGCUACAUGACGGACACCGAAACUGUUGAACCCACUGACACUAUAGAAGUAGAUUCAGAAGAUUUUUCUGUUUUACAGGGAACAGAAGUGAAAGCAAUCACCUACUCUGCUAUGCAAGUACAUGACACGGAGAAACCAGAUAUCUUUGUCAUCAUCGAUAUUUAAAAAACAAAAAUACAAGUUACAAGUUAAUUUAAAGCCUCUUGUUAAUUGACGUGAUUUUAAAAGAUUGUACCUUCUUGUUGGAAUAGACAUCUGAGAGGUGUCUUUUCUGUAAACUAUGAAAUGUUUUGUGGAUUACAUGGCUGAAAUACUUUUUUUGGUCUGAUUUUCAUUAUUAAUAAUGAA